CUCUCCCGCCCGGCCGCCUCUGCAGCGCCGAAGCCGGAGCCUCCUCCAGCAUGUUCCAGUGGAAGAAAACCGUCUACAAAAGUGUCCUGUUCUCCUUUGUGCUGGUGGUCACAGUGACGGUGCUGCAAAGAGGGAUGACACCCAGUCAGCUCCUCCAAGGCCAGCAACCGAAAGAAUUUCUUUCCCAAGAGCCUGUCAAAGCUCAGAAGAGGGAUAACGUCCUCUCGGUCGCCAACAACUUCUGGAAGAAGGAGGGUUCUGUUACCAAAGCCGCUGAAGCGACGGAGAAGCAGGUGAGAACUUGGGACAUCACCACCACCAACUGCACUGCCAACCUCAACUUCAGCAAAGACGACUGGUUCAAAGGGCUGGAGCCCAAUUUCCAGCAGUUUUUGCUCUACCGGCACUGCCGGUACUUCCCCAUGAUCAUCAAUCACCCGGAGAAAUGCAGUGACGACAUCUACUUGCUGGUCGUGGUAAAGUCAAUCAUCACCCAACACGACCGCCGGGAGGCCAUCCGGAAGACGUGGGGCCGAGAGAAGGAGGUGGAUGGCAAGAAGAUCCGCACGCUCUUCCUCUUGGGCGUUGCUUCCAAAGUAGAGGAGAGGGCGAAUUAUCAAAAACUGUUGGAAUACGAGAACCACAUUUAUGGCGACAUCUUGCAGUGGGACUUCUUGGACAGCUUUUUCAACCUCACCCUGAAGGAAGUUCAUUUCCUCAAGUGGCUCAACAUCUACUGUGACCGUAUCCGGUAUAUAUUCAAGGGGGACGAUGACGUGUUCGUCAGCCCAAACAACAUCUUGGAGUACCUCGAGGACCAAAAGGCGACUGACCUGUUUGUGGGAGAUGUCCUCUACAAGGCUAGGCCCAUCCGCAAGAAAGAAAAUAAGUACUACAUCCCCAAUGCGUUGUAUAGCAAGCCCCAUUACCCACCCUACGCGGGAGGAGGUGGCUUCGUCAUGGACGGUCUACUGGCCCAAAAACUCCACAAGGUCUCGGAAACCCUAGAGCUGUAUCCGAUUGACGAUGUGUUCCUUGGCAUGUGUCUGGAGAUUUUGAAGGUGACGCCGGUGGCGCAUGCAGGCUUCAAAACCUUUGGUAUUGUGAAAAACAAGAACAGCCGGAUGAACAAAGAGCCUUGUUUCUAUCAAAGCAUGCUGGUGGUUCAUAAACUCCUGCCCCCGGAGCUACUCCAGAUGUGGGAUUUGGUUCACAGUAAUUUAACGUGCUCCAGAAAACUCUACAUUCUUUAGCUCUCCUUAUCUGUGAAGGACCCCUUGGUUUCCGGAGAAUAAUAAUUCUGGGCAAACUCCCAGCAUCCUCUUUUCCAGCUGCGUGAAGAGG